AUGUUCUUCACCAAGUUCCGUUUCACGGUGACCUAUUGUCCCAGCUCCAAGAAUGGCAAGGCCGAUGCUCUGUCCCAGUUGUUCGAGAAAUUUGUAGACAAGUCUUGCUCGUUCUCUCUCUCUCUCGGAACCCUGCAGAUCGACGCCUUCCAGCACAUGCAGCACUUUGUGCAGGCCAUGCAGCAGCAGGCUCAGCACGCCAUCGCCGCAGAGGACCAGCAGCACAAGCAGGAGUUGCACAAGCUCAUGGCUCGGUGCUUCUUGAAGCUGGGCGAGUGGCAACUCAGCCUCCAGGGUAUCAACGAGAGCACCAUCCCCAAGGUGCUGCAGUACUACAGCCACUCGACGGAGCACGACCGCAUCUGGUACAAGGCCUGGCACGCCUGGGCCGUGAUGAACUUCGAGGCCGUGCUGCACUACAAGCACCAGAACCAGGGCCGCGACGAGAAGAAGGAGCUGCAACAUGUCAGUGGCGAGAGCGGCGAGCACAGCCCUCUGCCGUCGCCCGGCCAGAAGAAGGUCAACGAGGACCUGUCCAAGACCCUGCUGCUGUACACCGUUCCUGCCAUCCAGGGCUUCUUCCGCUCCAUCUCCUUGUCCCGCGGGAACAACCUGCAGGACACUCUGAGGGUCCUCACGCUGUGGUUUGACUACGGCCACUGGCCCGAGGUGAACGAGGCUCUCGUGGAAGGGAUCAAGACCAUCCAGAUCGACACCUGGCUGCAGGUGAUCCCCCAGCUGAUUGCACGCAUCGACACACCCCGCGCCCUCGUGGGCCGACUCAUCCACCAGCUGCUCACGGACAUUGGCCGCUACCACCCGCAGGCGCUGAUCUACCCACUGACUGUGGCGUCCAAGUCGACGACGACGGCGCGGCACAACGCCGCCAACAAGAUCCUGAAGAACAUGUGUGAGCACUGCAACACGCUGGUGCAGCAGGCCAUCAUGGUGAGCGAGGAGCUGAUCCGCGUCGCCAUCCUGUGGCACGAAAUGUGGCACGAGGGCCUGGAGGAAGCAUCGUGCCUCUACUUCGGCGAGCGCAACGUCAAGGACAUGUUCGCCGUGCUGGAGCCGCUGCACGCCAUGAUGGAGAGGGGCCCGCAGACUCUGAAGGAAACCUCCUUCAACCAGGCGUAUGGGCGGGACCUGAUGGAGGCGCAGGACUGGUGCAGGAAGUACAUGCGCUCGGGCAACGUGAAGGACCUCACCCAAGCCUGGGACCUCUACUACCACGUCUUCAGGAGAAUCUCCAAGCAGCUGCCGCAGCUCACCUCGCUGGAGCUCCAGUACGUGUCUCCCAAGCUCCUCAUGUGCCGUGACCUGGAGCUGGCCGUGCCGGGAACCUACGACCCGAACCAGUCCAUCAUCCGCAUCCAGUCCAUCGCGGCCUCGCUGCAGGUCAUCACGUCCAAGCAGAGGCCCCGCAAGCUCACCAUCAUGGGCAGCAACGGCCACGAAUUCAUGUUCCUGCUGAAGGGCCACGAAGACCUGAGGCAAGACGAGAGGGUGAUGCAGCUCUUCGGACUGGUCAACACGCUGCUGGCCAACGACCCGGCCUCUUUGCGCAAGAACCUCAGCAUCCAGCGCUACGCCGUGAUCCCGCUCUCCACCAACUCGGGCCUGAUCGGCUGGGUGCCCCACUGCGACACGCUCCACGCCCUCAUCAGGGACUACCGCGAGAAGAAGAAGAUCCUGCUGAACAUCGAGCACCGCAUCAUGCUGAGGAUGGCGCCGGACUACGACCACUUGACGCUCAUGGAGAAGGUCGAGGUGUUCGAACACGCUGUGAACAACACGGCCGGGGACGACCUGGCCAAGUUGCUGUGGCUGAAGAGUCCGAGCUCCGUUUGGUUCGACAGGCGGACCAAUUACACGCGCUCCCUCGCCGUGAUGUCCAUGGUGGGCUACAUCCUGGGACUCGGAGACAGGCACCCGUCUAACUUGAUGCUGGACAGGCUGAGCGGGAAGAUCCUCCACAUUGACUUCGGCGACUGCUUUGAGGUUGCCAUGACGAGGGAGAAAUUCCCCGAAAAGAUCCCCUUCAGGCUCACGAGGAUGCUCACCAACGCCAUGGAGGUGACGGGUCUUGACGGAAACUACCGGAUCACGUGUCACACGGUGAUGGAGGUGCUGCGUGAGCACAGGGACAGCGUCAUGGCCGUGCUGGAGGCUUUUGUUUACGACCCGCUGCUCAACUGGAGGCUCAUGGACACAAACACCAAAGGGAACAAACGAUCCAGGACCAGAACAGACUCCUACACAGCAGGACAGUCAGUCGAAGCCUUGGAUGGUGUGGACCUUGGAGAAACUACCCACAAGAAGCCAGGAACCACCGUGCCUGAAUCCAUUCACUCCUUCAUUGGAGACAGCCUCGUGCAGCCCGAAGCCUUGAACAAAAAAGCUAUUCAGAUCAUUAACCGCGUGCGGGACAAGCUCACGGGACGCGACUUCUCUCACGAUGAGACGCUGGACGUGGCCACGCAGGUGGAGCUCCUCAUAAAGCAGGCCACGUCACACGAGAACCUGUGUCAGUGCUACAUCGGCUGGUGUCCAUUCUGGUAGAGGCUCCCAGCGCUCAGCGUCAUCUCCAUUGCGGGCGGGUGGAUGGACAGAUGAACAGGCGGAUGGAUGGAGAGAAGGAGCACAGCUCUGCUCGGGCGACCGGGGUCGAACUCGAAGUCCACGUAGGGCGUGUAGAAUGACCGUGUGUGAUGUAACAUGAUGAUGAGGCGAUGCAGCGUAGACUUUCCUUGCAAUGGAGGUCAACUGCUCUAUUCUGUGUUAAAUAAAUGCUUGUUAAAUGUCAC